AUGGCAGAGGCAAAAACUUGCCAUAUAUUUUUGGAGGAUAUGCCAGGGUGCAAGGUUGACGACUGCACUGCUGACUGUUCCAAUAACUAUGGACCUUUGGCUUUAGGGAGAUGUCUUCUUUUAUCUGAGGUCAAGGGAAAAGAUAUAACAGAGCUUAUUGCAUCUGGAAGGGAGAAGCUUGCCUCGGUACCAUCUGGUGGUGGUGUUGCUGUUGCAGCUGCUGCACCUGGAGCCGCUGCUGCUCCAGCUGCAGCUGAGACCAAGAAGGAGGAGAAAGAGGAAUCAGAUGAUGAUAUGAGCUUCAGUCUCUUCGAUUAA